UCCUGUCUGCUCCCGCGGAAUCGCCGUUUGACCCCGGAAGUGCGGGCUCGCAGGGAGCUGUCACCGUGGUUGGCAGCGGCGGCGGCGGCGGCAGAGAGCCAGUGGUGGAACCGCCGAGGCCACCUCAUGUAUGCAGAGACCAUGUGUGUCUGAUCUUCUGGGAUCCUAGAGCUGGAACAGGAGGGUCACGCAGCACAAUGCCAGCUCUGCCCCUGGACCAACUCCAGAUCACCCACAAGGACCCGAAGACAGGAAAGCUGAGGACUUCACCAGCGCUGCACCCCGAGCAGAAGGCAGACCGGUAUUUUGUGUUAUACAAACCGCCCCCUAAAGACAACAUUCCCGCCCUAGUGGAGGAGUACCUGGAACGCGCCACCUUCGUAGCCAAUGACCUCGACUGGCUCCUGGCCUUGCCUCACGAUAAAUUCUGGUGCCAGGUGAUCUUUGACGAGACCCUACAGAAGUGCCUGGACUCCUACCUGCGCUAUGUCCCCCGCAAGUUUGACGAGUGGGUGGCCCCAGCCCCUGAGGUUGUUGACAUGCAGAAGCGCCUCCAUCGAAGUGUUUUUCUCACCUUCCUCCGCAUGUCCACUCACAAGGAAUCCAAAGAUCACUUCAUUUCCCCUUCUGCAUUUGGAGAAAUCCUCUACAAUAACUUCCUCUUUGACAUUCCAAAGAUCCUGGACCUCUGCGUGCUCUUUGGAAAAGGCAACUCACCACUGCUCCAGAAGAUGAUAGGAAACAUCUUUACACAGCAGCCGAGUUACUACAAUGACCUAGAUGAAACCAUGCCUACCAUCCUUCAGGUCUUCAGCAAUAUCCUCCAGCACUGUGGUUUGCAAGGGGAUGGGGCCAGUAGCACACCCCAGAAGCUCGAGGAGAGGGGCCGGUUGACCCCCAACGACAUGCCUCUCCUGGAAUUAAAGGACAUUAUUCUCUACCUUUGUGAUACCUGCACCACACUCUGGGCCUUUCUGGAUAUCUUCCCUUUGGCUUGCCAGACCUUCCAGAAGCACGACUUUUGUUACAGACUAGCUUCCUUCUACGAAGCAGCAAUUCCUGAAAUGGAGUCUGCAAUUAAGAAGAGGAGGCUUGAAGAUAGCAAGCUUCUAGGUGAUCUGUGGCAGAGGCUCUCCCAUUCCAGGAAGAAGCUAAUGGAGAUUUUCCACAUCAUCCUGAACCAGAUCUGCCUCCUUCCCAUCCUAGAAAGCAGCUGUGACAACAUUCAGGGCUUCAUUGAAGAGUUCCUUCAGAUCUUCAGCUCCUUGCUUCAGGAGAAGAGGUUCCUCCGGGACUAUGAUGCACUAUUCCCUGUGGCCGAAGACAUCAGCUUGCUGCAGCAGGCCUCGUCAGUCUUGGACGAGACGCGGACUGCGUACAUCCUCCAGGCAGUCGAGAGUGCAUGGGAAGGGGUGGACAGACGGAAAGCCACAGAUGCUAAAGACCCAUCAGUGACUGAGGAGCCUAAUGGGGAGCGUAAUGGGGUCGCGGUGACGGCAGAGGCAGUCAGUCAAGCGUCAUCACAUCCAGAGAACUUGGAGGAAGAGGAGUGCAUGGGAGCAGCUGCAGCUGUGGGCCUUGCCGUGUGUGGGGUGGAGCUGGACUCACUCAUCUCCCAAGUGAAGGACCUGCUGCCAGACCUUGGUGAGGGCUUCAUCCUGGCCUGCCUGGAGUACUACCACUACGACCCAGAGCAGGUGAUCAACAAUAUCCUGGAGGAGCGGCUGGCCCCCACCCUCACCCAGCUGGACCGCAACCUAGACAGAGAAAUGAAACCAGAUCCGACACCCCUGCUGACAUCUCGCCACAACGUCUUCCAGAAUGAUGAGUUUGAUGUGUUUAGCAGGGACUCAGUAGACCUGAGCCGGGUGCACAAGGGCAAAAGUACCAGGAAGGAGGAGAACACACGGAGUUUGCUGAAUGACAAGCGCACGGUGGCGGCGCAGCGGCAGCGCUAUGAGCAGUACAGCGUGGUGGUGGAGGAGGUGCUACUGCAGCCAGGUGAGAGCCUGCCCUACCACAGUGUUUACUAUGAGGAUGAGUACGAUGACACAUACGAUGGCAACCAGGUGGGUGCCAAUGAUGCAGACUCAGACGACGAGCUCAUCAGCCGCAGGCCAUUCACCAUCCCUCAGGUGCUGAGAACCAAAGUGCCUAGAGAAGGGCAGGAGGAGGAGGAUGACGACGAGGAAGAGGAGGCUGACGAGGAGGCUCCCAAGCCUGACCAUUUCGUACAGGACCCUGCAGUGCUGAGAGAGAAGGCAGAAGCCAGGCGCAUUGCCUUUCUCGCCAAGAAAGGGUACCGGCAUGACAGCUCAACAGCAGUGGCCGGCAGCCUCCGGGGCCAUGGGCAGAGCCGCGAGACAACCCAGGAACGCAGGAAGAAGGAAGCCAACAAGGCAACAAGAGCCAACCACAACCGGAGAACCAUGGCUGACCGCAAGAGGAGCAAAGGCAUGAUCCCAUCCUGAAGGCUGGUGUAGGGCCAGCAGGGAGGCAGCGGCCCCAGACUCUGCAGGCCGCGCUCCCAUCACCUUGGGCCUCCUUACCAGGUGGCCCCCUGCCAGGGCCCCAAGAUCAAUUCGACCCCUCAACAGCCUCAGCUUUGCAGCCCCUGAGAAGGCCGCCUCUCAUCUACCAGCCAGCCACGAGCGCCUUCCUGCAGAACACACAGUGCCUUAUCCCACAGCGGAAGAAUCCAUGGGGCCAGCAAGCAGGCGCCUUCCCCCAGCUGUGCUGGCGGGAAAGGGAUGGGGAUGGAGCCCCAAGGCAAGCACCCCAAACCUCGGGCAACAAGAUACUACUUCUCCUUUACCCUGGACAGCAGGAAACCUGUAUAUUCAAAAACAGAAAAAGGUCUGCUAAUAAAAUUUUUGACCCUUUCAAAUGAAGA